AUGCCUGUCCCUGACAAGAAACCCAGCUUCUUCGACAAACCAAACCUCUUCGCCCACAUCUACACCACUUACGCGUCCAGAGUCAUCCAGGAAUACGUCGCAAGUGACAGAAAGGACAAAAUCAAUCGUACCAAAAUCGAAAAAGAUAUCAUUCGUUUAACAAAUGAGGAUCCAAACCUGCCUAUACUUCAUAAGGUGUCUUGUACAAGCAUGGUUCUGCAUACAAACACCUUUGAACCCUUCUGGGCUGAUCAGAGGUUGGCGUACAGCCUACCUGCAAAAUCCCUGAGAAGAUUGACACCACAGUACAACCUCAUUGACGAGCUUCCAUGCCCUUCAGACGAUGACACUCUUUCAACACUGGAGAAUUUCACAGAUAAGAAAGGCAAGCCUCGACACAAGUCAGCUGCAGACACUACAGCGAGACGUGGACGGGGUCGCCCCAAAGCAGCGCCUGCAAAGAUGAAUGGUAAAGGUAAAGCCGGCACUGGGAAAGCAGGAACAGUAGCCAUGAAAGCGCCCAAGAGUCAGGCAGCACGACCCUCACAAUCCGGUGCGGACAACAAUAAAUCGAAGGCAAAUGGCAAUAACCCCAAUGCCCCUACAACUCCAGUUCAAGCUCAGCCGCUACGAACAGCGUCAGGAAAACUUAUAUCAACAAAGACGGCUCGUGAAUCGUUCCUGGAGUGCAUGGCUCAAGGGUCAAGUAUGAAGAUUUGUGGACCUUCGAGCGAUGAGGAGUCGACAACCACGGAUGAUGACAGUGAUUCAGAAGCAUGA